UACAUUCUUUAGGUAAACACUGUGUCCAAAUUUUUUCUCUCGGCAAUUUUAUAAUAUUUUAACUCGCUUAAUAAAUAAUAUUAAGUCUUAAGUUUCCUGAUACGCACUCAAACUGGUCACACUAAGAACCGGCAAAAAUUCUUAUUAGAAUAUUAUUACCUAAAACUCGCCGGUUAUGUAUAAUUUGCGACUGCUGCUCCAGCAUGUUCUCCCUCGGGGUGGCUGUCACUCCCACCUGCGAUGGAUGGCCAGCCAGCACAAGCGACGGCCUCAGCUCGGCAGUCUGCCGCCGGAUCGCUUGGAGCAGCUGCGCCGCGAUCUCUUCGAGCGUCGUCAGGAACUCAGCGGGGAGGAGUGGAUGGAGGUGCGGCAAUCGCUGGUGGACAACUACAAGCACAUCAACGUGAAAAACGUGGACGCUGUGAUCCUAGGCGUGUGUAGUGGUCCGCAACAACUGCCGCUGGCCAAGAACUAUGUGAAGUUUCUGCAGAGUCGGGGAUCCCAGCCCAAUCCGGCGACAUUAGGUCGCCUACUAAGGGUCUACAAUGCCGCCUACCACGACCGACCGCUCAGCGAGGCGGAACAAGCCGAGAUCCUGCAAAUCUGCCAGACACUUCGAGCGGAGCAUGAAACCCUGGACGCCAGCAGCUGCGAGCACCUGAUCCACGGAUUGGUGGCCACCAGCGAGCAUUGGCAAAGUGCGCUGCCCCUGCUCGAAAUGAUGAAGGUCACCAGCGCACCCAGCGUGACCGCCUAUAGUGCUCUGGCAGAAAAGGCCUUCUCAGUUGGUUCCGCGGAGCAAGAGCUCGCCUGGCAUCUGAUGGAGGAGAUGGCCCUGGCCCGCAAGCCGCCCAAAUGCGAGGUCUACCUGGCGCUGAUCAAUCGACUGUCCAGCGAAACCGCGGAGGUGCCUGCCCAGAUCCAGCGUCUGCUGCAAUUUCUCGAGCGCCACGAGAUUCUAGUCAGUCAGCGAGUUGCGGAGCGCUUGCAGAAGCUCGCUCAGAAAGUACCCCACCAUCUAAAGGCGAAGGCCACGCAUUUGGGACCUCUGGGUAAAUGCCAGGCCUGCCAGCAGCACCUCCAGCCGGUGGCCAUCAGCGACGAACAGUUUUCGCAGCUCAGCGAGUGUUUCCUGGAGCGCGUGCUCAUCCGACGCGAUGUCUUUCAGCGCUCCACACCCGAGGAGGUGGCCAGAUUCAAAAAGUACGUGGAGAAAACGGCGCCCUACGACUGUGUGAUCGACGGCCUUAAUGUGGCCUACUCCACAGGCACCAAAAAAUCGCCCCAGCAGCUGGCCAAGCUGGUGGCAACUGUGGUGCGGCAUUUUCGGGAGCAGGACAAGCGAGUCCUGGUUUUGGGACGCGAGCAUAUGCGCAACUGGUCCAAGCAGGCCAUGCACUACGUCCACAGUAACGCCAGCGUCUUCCUCACCAGCAAUCUGUCCCACGACGAUCCCUUCCUGCUUUACGCCACGCUGCGCAGCGGACAGGACACGGACUUCUUCUCCCGCGACCUGAUGCGCAGCCAUGCCUUCCAUCUGGGCCCCGAACUGAAGACCGUCUUCCGUCGCUGGCAGCAGCAGCACCAGUUCUCCCUGGUCACCCAGACGCAAACGGGUCGGAUUAUAGUUAAGGAGCCCCUUCGCCACCGACUGUGUGCCCACGAGGUGGCGGGCAGCUGGCAUGUGCCCUACUGCGAGGCGUACACUCCGCAUCCCACGGAGAGCUUUGAGGUGCCUGCGAACUGGCUGUGCCUCAGUCUAGGGGAUCAAACCCCCUCCACUGGAAAGGCGCGGCGGCGGUGACCAAGCGAGUGUGUGUGUGUAGAGAUUAACUACAUAUAUUAGCCAAAGGUUAACAACAAAAAAUAUACUGGAGAAGCCAUCCGAAACCCA